AUGCAACUGGGUCCAUCGUCAGAAAAAUCAUCAGAAGGCUCAGCCGAACAACCAUCAAUUUCAUCACCAUGGAGUCAGGCAGAAAGGAAGUCUGUUUUUGCUAAAUUACACAAUCUAGAAUUAAUCAAUAAGCGUUUAAAGGCAGAAAAGUCCCAUCUACAACGGCAACUCAAUCAUGUCCUACGACGUAUGGCUUCGGAACGCUUCGUUCGACAUAGUGGAGAUUUGGAAGAUGUGUCCAAACUCCUACGUGAAUUAGUCCAAUCACCGGCGUUUGAACGCCCAUCUAGCAGUCCUGAACGAGCUCCUCUUGCUUCAGCGGAGUCGAUGAGUAUGAUGGAGUCGAAUGGACGUGUUUCGAUUACUGAGUACUCUAGUCUUUCUGAUACCUUCGAUGAAAUUGUUCUUGCAAAGGACCCAGUGCAGAAGAUGAGUCUGGAGCUGUCCUCUCCAGAAGAAGGCCAACAAGAAGUAGAUGUCCAAGGAGAAGAGUUUAUCACCCCAACUCCGACUACUGCUCCUCCUUACCAUUCACCUUCCAUUUCCCAAGUUUCAGAAGAUCAGGUCGAUUGGGAAUUUCAUAUCCCUCCACUUUCCCCAGCACUUUCAUAUUCAAAUGAAUCGAUUGCUUCUUCAGAAACAGCUCCCCCUUUGCAUUCUCGCGAACCAUCAAAGGUUGGAGCUUAUUCCACUCCUCAUACUCCGGUUUUAAUCCAUCGUCCAAAAUUUUCACUUUCCCUCCCUCCAUCUCCAUAUAAGUAUAUAUCCCGUCAGGCAAUCAUUCGUGGAAUUGAAGAGGCAAGGCGUUCAGCUUUCAAGUGGUUAGAAACUACCGUUCAAGAACCCGUACAAAUGGAGAGUAAACCAAUCUUCGGAACUCCACCAAGUCCACGAAGGACAGAGAGUAUUGCUGGGAGAGCUAAACGAAAAGUCUACAGGCCUCAUUCACUGAGACGAGCACUCACAAGAAGCUCCCAUAAGCCUCGGGUGAAAGUCGGUUCCUCUGAUGAUUUUCUGAAUGAUUUGUUUACCACAUCUGAAGCGGUUCAAGAUGAAGGUCUUCAUGCGGCGAUUGUUUUUAGUCGUUACACAGAAGUUGCUAGGGAAUUAGAUGGUUUAUUUAGUCAUCUUCAUGCAUACACCUGUGUUCGAAGGCACUGUUUUGCUAUUCAAAGUAUACCCGCUCAACAUCUUCGACAAAAUCUUAACUACUUCUACCAAGCAAGGCAAAAUAAUUUUGACAGAUUAUGUCGUGAUGAGACCUCCUCCGAAGAAGCUCGUUCAACUGCUGGAAUUCCACUAUCAAAUCUGACUCCGGAGAUCAUACAACUUCCUCCUCAAUCCUCUAUACCUUCGGCUAGUCAAUAUCGUAGUUCUCCCGCUUCAACAGAAUACAAUUUACCUCCUACGGAAGAUAGCACAAAUAACGCUGAAUUAGAAAUAUUAGAAUUGCAUCAAAGGCUAUCUCAUUGUGCCGGUCGCCUAUCGAAACUUAGCUCAAGAUUCAAAUUAUGGCAGUCAUUUUGGUGCGUUCUAGCAGAUAAAAGUCUUCUCUUUUACACCGAUGAAUCAGAGGUAGAUAAAUGGCCAAAGAAGUGUAUUGAUUUGGCUGACGUUCAACGCGUGGAAAGAAUCCGUGAGCCUCGAACUGAUGGUCGCGUAAAGCACGCUAAGUCUUCUGCUUUCAAUUUGGUCUUGACAAAUGGAAGAAUCUACACACUAAGGUCAAUUAUACCAAUUGAAAAUCAUUUGUGGGAGAAUAAAAUUCGUCUUACAUUAAGACGAGUCCAAGCCCAAAGGAUUGUUCAAAUGUACGAAGCCCAACUAGUCGCAAGCGGUUGGCUGAGAAUGUAUCGACGCGGGCAGGGCCAUCGGGUUUGGGGAAUGCUGAUGGGGACCUUUCUUGUUUACUCAAGGGAUUCUAGAGGCCAAAUAUUGAUUGGAUAUCGAGAUCUCUCCUCAACGUACAUUCGUUGUCCUGCAGUUUUUGAGGAUGCGUCUGUUGAAACCGGCACAGACGUUGAAUCUUUUCAGCUAGCAUAUGACGAUUGUGAUAUCACAGAAUCUGAAACAGGAUUUGGUAAAAAUGGAGAUAACAAUUUUACAAUCGCUUUAUGGUCUUCCAAUCAUGAUCCCGUGUAUCUUGUUUACUCUAACACCGAUGAAUAUGAGCGCUGGAAACAUAAUCUUCUUCGAGCUUGUUGGUUUUCUUCCUUGAAUGCCGAUGCUACGACACUUUCCAUCCAACCAGAAACACGUUUUUUGCAUUUAUGGGGACAAUUAGUUAAGCCAUAUUAUUCUCUUCAUAGAACUCACUCAGAAAGCGUGCUUAAGGAACCAAUCUCUAGAGUUCUUGAGUAUCCCCUUGAAGCCGAUGCUAUCAGGUUAUCUAAAAAACUUCUUGCUCUGUCAAAUUUGCAUGACCGAAGGUCACUAGAAGAGAGUGAACAUCGUCCCAGUACAUCAUUUCGACUUCCUGUUGAUGCUAAUAAGUACAACCUAAUCAAAGAAGUUGCUCAAAUGUGCUUUGAGAGUAGUGGUCUGAAGGACGAACUAUUUCUGCAGUUGAUCAGGCAAGCGACCCCUUCCGCACUAAUUCUACCAACAGAAGCCCGACAUUUCGGAACAGAACCGACAAAAAGACGUGCGCCAAGAGUAGUAGAUCUACUGUGCCACCGAGAUGGUGCAGAACACAGACGAGCUCAUAGUAGCUAUAGGCAGCAACAGUCCCAAUCCUCACAGAGAUUUAGAUCUCCUCCAGGAUACUUUUACAAAUGGAUUCCUAUUAUCGUUAUGUGGGAAUGUCUAGCCAUUUAUUCUACCCUGUUUCUUCCAUCUCCUCCUGUUUUAGCUUGUUUACAAGCAUACUUUACUCAAUUUUCCGUUCGUAUUGAGACUGGCCAAGAAGAACAGACAUCGUCUCCAAGAUUGAGACGACGAAAAUCUCUUGAAGCGAGAAGACUCUACAGUGAAAUCAGUCGUUUUGCAGCCUUUUGUAUGGAUAUGAUUAUGCGAUGUCGUAUUCGUGGGGGUCGUACAGUUGUCACUUCCUGUUUUGAAGUUGUUGCGAUUUCACUUCGAAAUCCUUAUACCCACAGUCUUCCAUUCAGUCUUCCGAUUCAUUUCAGUUUACCUAGCGGUUAUGAGGUGGUUAGUUUUGAUGGAACUAUGAAAGUUGCCCAGCUCAUGGGAAGUUUCCUAAGUAAGCUGGAACUUUCUGAGGCCGUAGCACAAGGGCUGUGCCAUUGUGGACUUUAUUGCCGAAUAUCCGGACCACAAUAUGCAUUUGGAAGAACACCGGCAAGGCCCAAACUAAUCUACCUCGAAAACGCAUGGAGCAUUUGUGAUGUUAUUUCUCUCUAUGAGUCCAAAUUAAUUAGAACAGAUCAGAGUUCUGAGCUCAAUUUAGAGGAUAUGACAAUUGAUCUAGUCUUUAGGAUUACUGCUGUUUCGAAGAAGGCAGUGGUUCACGCUUCCCCAUUUACCGAUCGAAUUAUGGACAUUAUUGCUCAUCAAUUGCAUUCAGAUCUGUAUUCGGGUGAACUUAACAUUAUUCUCCGUGGGACGCACUUGCUAGAAUUAACUGCUCUAAUGUGUAGAAGUGACUACGUAGAUUAUGCGGAAUUACAACGGCGACAAGAGGUCACACUGACUCAAAUAACGGAUAAAUACUUCCCCCAAUCCUGCCUAGCCACCUGGAGUUGUGAUGAUCAAGCCUUAAUUGAGCUGAAACUCCUACUUCUAGAGCGUUGGAAUAAAGUGUGCCGAGAAACUUCUGACCCUGAGACUAAUGCGGAAUCAAAUGAAUUCCGACUUCCCAAACCCACAUUCGCGUACACAAUGUAUUUCUGGCGUCUUCAUCCUGCUGGUGCGUGCAUACGCCACUUUCCCUGCAAUUUAGUAAAUUUUUCUGGAGUGUCCCCCGAUGAAACCAUCUGGAUUGCUCCCAGUUUUGAUAUAAUUAGUCUUCUGAGAAUAUGUACCUUUGAUAAUGCGCUGGCGCAUCCAAUCUAUCCCAAUGAAAAUGAGGGUGGUGUGUCUGGAAUGGCCUGUUUUAAACGCAUCCCUCUGGAUAGAAUUGUUUCCUUUGGAGUACAACAAACUGGUGCUUUCUUUAUAGUCUUUUCAAAAGUCCCCAAAACUCACCAUUUAAGGAACAAAAGUGAAAGAACUCGUCAUUUUUCCGGUCAGGAUGGAAGUACAACUUCAGCAAUGUCAUCUAACACUGCAACGCAUCCUAAAUUAAGAAAAAGAAGUACUUUAAUUCGAAAUAAAGCACCCCUACUAACUGAGCACGAUGAUCAGUUAGAUAAACUUCUCUUUUUCAUACGAGACCUUUGUGAAAUUAACGAACUCUGCAAUGUACUCAACUUUACCCUGGAGAAUUUUCUCUGA